CAGUCUGGUUGGUACCGGCUCCCACUCCUGCCCCCAUCUCUGCUUCAGCUUCGUACCUGCUCCAGCCCCAGGCCUGUUGAGUUGCAUCUUCCCUCUCUGAUCCUCCCCUGCGCCAGCUCCUGCUCCAGGAUUCUAUAGCCGAACCUUCAAGCCAUGGCUGGUCCCUUCUCCCGCCUGCUGUCCGCUCGCCCUGGACUCAGGCUCAUGGCUUUGGCUGGAGCUGGAUCUCUAGCGGCUGCAUUUCUGCUUCGCCCGGAUGCUGUGCGAGCUGCCAGCGAACGAAGGAGGCUGUAUCCCCCGAGCGCUGAGUACCCAGACCUCCGAAAGCACAACAACUGCAUGGCCAGUCACCUGACCCCAGCAGUCUAUGCCCGGCUCUGCGACAAGACCACACCCACUGGUUGGACGCUAGAUCAGUGUAUCCAGACUGGCGUGGACAACCCUGGCCACCCUUUCAUCAAGACUGUGGGCAUGGUGGCUGGAGAUGAGGAGACCUAUGAGGUAUUUGCUGAGCUUUUUGAUCCUGUGAUCCAAGAGCGGCACAAUGGAUAUGACCCCAGGACUAUGAAGCACACCACUGACCUGGAUGCCAGCAAGAUACGUUCUGGGUACUUUGAUGAGAGGUACGUAUUGUCCUCAAGAGUCAGAACCGGCCGAAGUAUCCGAGGACUAAGUCUGCCUCCAGCCUGUACUCGGGCAGAGCGACGAGAGGUGGAGCGUGUUGUGGUGGAUGCACUGAGUGGCCUGAAGGGUGACUUGACUGGACGCUACUAUCGGCUAAGUGAGAUGACAGAGGCUGAGCAGCAGCAGCUCAUUGAUGACCAUUUUCUAUUUGAUAAGCCUGUAUCCCCAUUGCUGACUGCAGCAGGGAUGGCCCGAGACUGGCCAGAUGCUCGUGGAAUCUGGCACAACAAUGAGAAGAGUUUCUUGAUCUGGGUGAAUGAGGAAGAUCAUACACGAGUUAUCUCCAUGGAGAAGGGGGGCAAUAUGAAAAGAGUGUUUGAAAGAUUCUGCCGAGGCCUCAAAGAGGUGGAGAGGCUGAUCCAGGAGCGUGGCUGGGAGUUCAUGUGGAAUGAACGUUUGGGAUACAUCUUGACCUGCCCAUCUAACCUGGGAACUGGACUUCGGGCAGGAGUGCACAUCAAACUGCCCUUGCUAAGCAAAGAUAGCCGCUUCCCCAAGAUCUUAGAGAACCUAAGACUUCAAAAGCGUGGUACUGGAGGAGUGGACACAGCGGCCACAGGCAGCAUUUUUGACAUCUCUAACUUGGAUCGACUAGGCAAGUCAGAGGUGGAGCUGGUGCAACUGGUCAUCGAUGGAGUAAACUAUUUGAUUGACUGUGAGCGGCGUCUGGAAAGAGGCCAGGAUAUCCGUAUCCCUCCACCUCUUGUUCACAGCAAGCAUUAACUCCUCAUCUCACAGAGGAUUCAAGAGGCCCAGAACUCUGCCCCUUGUAAUGGUGACCCAUUCUAUUUGUCCUGGGCUUGCCUAUAUCCAAGUAAAGACUUGUUGCUAUG